CAGAAUUUGUGGCCAGGCAGACAUUUUGGAUGAGACUACAACUCCCCUCGUCCCAGACCGCUGUUUAUGUUGGCUGGGGUUAAUCGGAGUUGGAGUUCACUCUAAGAGCUGAAGGGACGCGGGUCUUCCGAGCCCGCGAACGCCGCCGCUCUGCGUCCUUAGAGCACCGCAGUGGUUUUCAGUUUGAUGCCAGAACUUUAGAGAGACUCCCAUUUCCCCCUCGUCGCUCCUUAUCUCUUUGUCCCCCUCACUCCCCCCCCCACGGUGGAACUAACAGAAACGGCCGUUCGCUGGGCGCAUCCUCCUCUAGUUGCCAUGGCGACGCAGAGCGGCGUCGGUUAAUGGCGGUUGGGAGACGUUUCGCUGAAGCAGGCAGGCAGGCAGGCGACGGGAAGGUCCCUGCAGUCGGCCAUGGCGCGGAUUACAGAAGAACUAAUCAGGAAACGGGCAGAACAUAACAACUGUGAAAUCUUUUCCUUGGAAGAAAUUUCCUUACAUCAGCAGAAUCUGGAGAAAAUAGAACUCCUUGACAAAUGGUGCCGGGAUUUAAAAAUUCUCUAUCUUCAAAACAACUUGAUUCCCAAAAUUGAAAAUGUUAGCAAACUGAAGAAGCUUGAAUAUUUAAAUUUGGCUUUAAACAACAUUGAAAAAAUUGAAAAUGUGGAAGGUUGUGAAGAAUUGCAAAAGCUGGAUUUGACAGCUAAUUUCAUUGGAGAAUUAUCCAGUAUUAAGACCCUGAAAAGCAAUAUACAUCUUAAAGAGCUCUUCCUCGUUGGAAACCCAUGCACUGAUUUUGAAGGUUACAGACAGUUUGUGGUUGCUACUCUUCAUCAGCUCAAAUUUUUGGAUUGUAAAGAGAUAGCACGUUCAGAGAGGAUUCAAGCUUUACAGAACUAUUCUGAAGUAGCAAAGCAAAUCCAAGAGCAGGAACAGGUCUAUCUUCUUAAAAGAAGAGAAGAAAAAGAAGAGGCACAAAGGCGGAUACAAGAAAAGUGGAAGAAGAAGGAAAAAGAGAAACAAAAGAAAUAUAAUGUGGGAUUUGAUGGACGAUGGUACACAGACAUCAACAGCACCAUCCCAUACUCUGUAAAAGAAAGAGAGAACCAUCAGAAGGCUGAAGAAGGAAAUGAAUACCAUGAAUUAGUGGUAAAGGAAGACGACGAAGAAGAGAGAGCCUUUUGGGAGGAACCUGUGCCUCACACUCCAGAGGCUAGGCUCGAAGCUCACAGAUAUGUUGAAGAAAAAAAGAAAGCAAAUGAAAAUGGAGGACAAUCCAAGAAAGAGAAACCACCAAGGACUUUGAUCACCCCAGAAGGAAGAGUUCUGAAUGUAAAUGAGCCCAAGCUUUCUUUCUCCUUGAAAGAUGAUGAAGAAAACAACCAAUUAAUUCUGGAUCUUGCUGUUUACAGACAUUUGGACACCUCCCUGCUUAAUGUUGAUGUACAGCCCACCUAUGUCCGAGUAAUGAUCAAGGGAAAGCCAUUUCAACUUGUGCUUCCUGCAGAAGUGAAGCCAGAUAACAGCACCGCUAGAAGAUCUCAGACAACUGGACAUUUGAUUAUUAGCUUACCAAAGGCUAAAGAAAUAAUCACGGCUAACCAAAAAGUAUCCACUACUGAGAAACCCUCUGACCCCGACAAACGUCGAAGAAAUCUAAGAAAGGAGUGUACUGAGAAGCUGGAAGUGGACCCUAGCAAGUAUUCAUUCCCUGAUGUAGCAAACAUUGUCCAGGGAAAGGAUCGGAUUGGACAAGGGCCUAUAAGCCUUCAGCGGCAGAAAACUGUGGAUACUGAGAACACAUCUGUGAGCUUUGAGGAUGACCCAGAUGUUCCACCUUUAAUUUGAAAGAAUGAUAUGGCAAAAGUUCCUUUUGACUUUAGAACACCAUGUAGCUUGUCUAAGGAUAAGUGUCUUGCCUUUUUAUCUGAUCUCCUGAUUCUGUUGCACAAGCAGUUUGUGCUCCUCUAUAAAGCCAUCUACU